AAGCCUCUGAGCCAUCAGGAGAGCAAAAAGCAUUCAGCCAAUGGAUUCAUGGCUGGACUUUGGUGCAUAAAUCCCAGCCCCCAUUCAGUACAAUAAGCAGCAUGCGACCCUAAAAACAACACCCCACAUACUUACCAAAUUUUGGAGUAAUACUAAUUACCAUGGGAAGAUGGAAGCUGCAGGCUGUUAAAGUCUAAAACAAGAAUGUGCGAACCUCAGCCACUCCAGAUGUGACUGAACUCCGGCUCCCAUCAUCCCUGGCAAAUAUGCCCAAAGGCCAGGGCUGAUGGGAGCUGUAGUUCAGCAACAUCUGGAGAGCCAGAGGUUCCCCCUCCCACUCUUGGACUAACUACCAGCUCUGGUUUCACAUCCACCCACCAUCCCAGUCUUUGUGUUAUUUCCUCCCUGAGCUCAUAGAAUAAGUGACGCGAAAAAGUUCCUCUUUCCCACUCGGAAGAGGAAGCUUCAAAAGCCCCAUUCCUCCCCCCCUUAAGUAACGGUCUGCGGGAAGGGCUGGAGAGGGGAAGAGGCGUCGGAGGAGGAGGCCACUUUGGCGCGUGCUCCCCCCGCAUAGUCCCGGGACAGUAAAAACUGGAGAGGAGGAGGCGGCGGCGGCAACGAGACAGGAAACCGCAAAGGAAAGCCGUCCUCCAGGCAGAAAGUUUCAGCCAAGGGAGUUUGGAGAGGACGAGAGAGAGAGGGAAACGCGGGGAACCCGAGAUCUGAUUCCAGGAACGGGGAAGCUCAGCUUCCAAAGUAUUCCUCAGCCCGUUUCAGAGGCGGCUGGAUCCCAGCGCACCAGCAGAUCGGAGAUCUACCGCGCCGGGGGAGGAGGAAGAGGCCGCCCAAGUGUUGUCGGCUGUUGCCGGGAGGAAGGAGGCGGGGGUACCGGCUGCUGCGCCCGGGGCCCUGCAUCGCGCGUCCCGGUGGACGGGAAAGGAUCGCUGGGUAACGAAUGACCUGCUCCCGAUCCGCUACAAUGGCCUGAAGAGAUUUCACUUAAAAACAGAGAACCGUGGCGCUCUCUUGACUACCAGCACCGCUCGAGUGCCAUGCCCUCUGUGCGCGCUCAGAGGCACUCUUUGCGCCGCAGGCUUCCCGACUGAGCUUUCCCGGCGCGCAACGAGGCGCCAUGACCGCCUACAGACUCAACUUGCGCGUCUUCUGGCCGCUGGUGACGUGCGGCUGCACCGCGAUCCUGUACGUCUUGCAAGCGCUGAGCAGCAGCCAAGCCGGCGUGGGCGCGGCCCUCGAGGACUCGGGCUUGGGCGCCCCGCUGCUGAAAGCCUCGCUGCUCCUCUUGCUCCUCCUGGCCUGCUGGGCGCUGCGCUAUCGCGCCCGGCUGCCCGGCCGCGCCCAGAGACCCGCCGGCCUGGCGGAGAGCCCCGAGGGUGCCUGGAGUGAACUUCGACGGCGGCGGCAGCAGCGCAGGCGCGCCUUGCUGGAGGAGUUUUACGAGCAGCAGUUGCGGCUCUCGCCCCACGUGCUGGGCCACAGCAAGGCGCACGUCAGCCUGGUGGUGGGCGAGCUGGUGCGCGCCGGCAAGGCCCAGGACCGGCUGGCGUCGCGCGGGGACUUCGUGCAAGUGGGCAGCGCCUACGAGCAGCACAAAGUGCGCAGCCCGGACUGCUUCGACGUGCUGGUGCCUCUGCGGUUGCCGACCCGCCUGCAGCUGCGGGUGCAGCCCCGUCGGGGGACCGAGGCGGGCCUGCUGGGAGCCUUCGUGUGCGCCCUCCAAGUGGCGGCCGGUUGCGCGCACGACGAGGCGGGCGGCGGCCCCUCUCCGCGCGUGGCGGGGGCGCUGAGCGAGGCGCUGUGCGUGGAGCUGCAGUCGGCGCAGGGCGGCGGGCGCCACCUGUCGUCGGCGCUGGUACUGCGCUGGUUCCAGGGCCACGUGCAGCGGUGCCUGGGGGCCGUGCGCUCCCGCCUCCAGGAGCGCUGCCGGGUCAGCUUGGCCGUCGGGCCCGGGCGCCCGCUCACCUUGCAUAUCGCGCCUCGCUCCGACUACGUCUGUUGCCACCUUUCCAUGGCCGUGCGCCUCACGCCGGCCAUCCCGUUCGGCGACGCGCUCUACCUCACCCCUUUGCCAUCCGCCCAACCACCGGCUCCCGGGAAGCUGGGAGCCUUCUGGACGCUCAACGUCUCCAAACCGGAGCAGAAGCUGCUGGGCUUCUUCAAGGAGCAAGCUCCCGCUGACUCCUGCCACCUCAAGUGCCUGCAGAUCCUCAAGGGGCUGAGGGACCUGGGGGGACGCUCUUUGGAGCAGCCUCUGGGCGCUCAGUGGAACCGAAUCCUUUCUUCCUAUGUCCUCAAGACUGCGCUUUUGUGGCUCCUCCUGCGGGGUCCCUUGCAAGCUUGGGAGGACCAGUUCCUGGUGGAGAGGCUGGAGAACCUCUUCCUGUUCCUCGUGGAAAGCCUGCAGAGGCGUGAGUUGUUGCACCUCUUCUUGGGGAACCCCAAGCUCCCCGAAGCCCUAAGCCUGCCCAAAAUCCUCAAGGAAGCUGCUCCGGUCAACCUGCUGGCUGACUUUGAUGGCCCUACCUUGGACAAGGUGGCCGGCCAGUUCUUAAACACUUGGAAGCAGGCGCCCAAGAUGAUCAGGAUGUACAGUGGCCACAGAUACAGAAGAAAACAUCCUGCCUGAGAACAGAGCAGAGGACUCUCAGUUUAAGGGAGCACCAUUUGGGCUGUGCGUGCCUUUCCUCAAUCUGUGCCCUUCAUAAUAUUAAUUGCAGAGUUGGAAGGGGUUGUAGAGGUCCUCUAGUCCAACCCCUGCUCAAAGCAGGAUUUGAAGUGUGAGAAUAAGCAUCUACAGAGAGAUCACCACCAGCCUUCUGCCUAAACAUCAGCAAAGAAGAGACUCACUAUCUCCCUAAUGGCCCAGCAGCUCUUACCAUUAGGAUGUCCUAAAGCUUAGCUGAAAUCUGCCAUUUCCAUCCUUUAGGUUCUAGUUGUGCCUUCUGAAGCUUCAGACAACAAGUUUUCUGUGUCGUCUUAGUGAGAGCCCUUCAGAUAUUUGAAGACCAUUAUCCUGUCUCCCGUUAUUCUCUUCUCCUGGUGUUAGGGCUUGUUUUCAGACUUGUAACUAUUCUCUGAACCAGAGCCUCCAUGUGUUAUUGAACUACAACUCCCAUUAUCCCUGGCCUAUUGGCCAUGCUUGCUGAAGCUGAUGGGAGUUGUAGUUCAGCAACAACCAGAGGACCAGAAGUCCCCCACGCCUGUGUUGCCUUAAAUGCAUGAUCACACUUAACAUAUCUGUUAAACCUCUUCACACCUUUGAAUGAUGGUUUCUUGGAUGGUUUCAUGGGUGAGAAGAGCCCAGUUGGGAUCAGAUACUGCUUAUAGGUUUCCCAUGGGCAUCUUGUUGGCCACAGUGAAAUCAGGAUGCUGAAGUAGAUCAAUCAUCAGGGCUCUUCUUAUGUACGAACAGGAAUCUGCUAUUGACAUCAACAGCAGCCUCUGUUCCAUAUUCAGUAACAAAUUUUGGGGAAGAGUUUUGUCAGAACUUAUGAAGUCCCUCCCCCUUACAAUCCUGAUCUUCUCCGGUUGCUAUUUUUAAAUAUAUAAAACACAUGUGUACUGUAAUUAUGCAUUUGAUGUAAUGUGUAGUUUGGCCCAUAGGUACCGUACUUUCAUUUGGAAUGUGGUUAAGCCACCACAAUGGGUCUGUCCUACUCUCAUGUUUUCACAUGGUUUUGCUGUCUUUUGAAUGCACCACUUACCAGAUGCAGAGCAUAACAGAGCACAUGGUCUCCUGAUUGUGCUUACCUCUGAUAUCUUAAUGCACGCCAGUGCAUUUGGGAGCAAAUGGUCUACAGUGACAACACAGAAUGUGGGUGCUGUUUUAAAAAAUGACAUCAAAAACAAGUGCAAAAGUUCCCCUUAAACACACAGGUCUGCACUACUGCUGGGUUAUUUUAUGGGCUUCAAAUUAAAUAGAAUAGUUCUGAUAUCGCUAAUCAAGUAGUGGGACAAUUUUGGGAAAAUACUGUGCGUUGCACCCUGAGAGUAAAUACAGGUUUGUCUUCAACCGAGUUCUGCUCAGGGAAUUGAAAUGAGUGGACCUACAAAUUUGUCAUUCUCAUUUACUUCAAUUGUUGUGCUCAUAAUAUGACUGAAGUUUGAUGUAACUCUCACUUUUUUGGGAAGUGAGUCUGGUCCAUUUCCUCUGGAUGUAUCAAGGUGCAGAAUUUCACCCUAAUAAUCACUUGCAAGCCUUCUUCACCCAACAUUUCUUAUUACAAGCUGUUGUGAGGUGGGUUCACCUUUUGGACAUUUGUACCAGCAAGUUGGAAUAUAUGUUGUGCUUGAAGAGGGAACCUGUGUGUGGGAGUAUUGUGCAGCAGCUCCUCUGGGCAGCUUCCCUUUCAGGCAGGUAUGGGGAACCUGUGCCCCCCGAGAUAUCACUGAACUACAACUCCCAUCAGCCUCAGCCAGCAUGCCCAUUGGUCAGGGAGGAUGGGCAUGUUCCUGAAGUCCAGGAACAACUAGAAAAGCACAGGUUGUUUAUCCUUGCUCUAAGGCAUUACUGUGGAAGAAUUUGGCAGCGUGUGCACUAUAUCUUGAAAGCUCGUGUCCUCAAAGAAUUCUGGGCUCUGUUAAGGGUUUGUUAAGCGUUGCUGGGAAUUGUAACCGUGUGAAGUGCUCAUAAUUCUUUUGAAGGGAGUGCAUGUGCUUCAAAUGUGCUUCAAAAGUUUAUACACAGCCGAGAAAGCCAGAGUUGUGUAUGAUAUCCAGAACUGCUCUUGGCCUUGACUCGGAAUGUGCUUAUAGCUACAAGAGCCCUUUAUCUCUAAUGUGGGUGAGGAUUUUUACAUGCCAUUGAGCUCAAACUAUUUGAAGUGAUGUGGUGUGCGAACUCACGGUCUGCACUUAUCUGAACGGCUCAUGUGACCCACGAUCACAUUUUUCCCCCUGCCCAGCUGG